CCAACGCGAAUAUGAUCACACGGUUACCAACUAGGAUACGCUUAGUAUCUCUAGCUUCAAGACCUGUAUCAAGGUCUGCAAUACGAUGUACCCACCACAUUAAGUCCCGGCCAACAGCUCCACGACAACUCUUGCUCAAAUCUCAACAUACCCGAUUCUACACCCCUCCUCCCGGCUCACCUCCUCUCGAAUCCCCCCAAAACCCAGCCAACCUCCAGUCCAUCCUCCCAGAAAACCACCCCCCUCCGCCCCCCUCCCCAAAACGCUCCCUGAAACCCUACAUCUACGCAGCAACCUUCUUCCUCCUCGGCACCCUCCUCGGCCAAUACACCUCUCUCGUCCUCGCCCCUCCGCCCCUCCCCCUCCCCUCCACCGCCGAAGACAACCUCAUGGUCUCCAUGAUCCAGAACCGCGCCUCGCGCCUCCCGAUCGUGCAAUCGCUGUCCAACGACCCCGCCUGGACGCACCACGACGCCUACACCUCCCUCCCGGAACACGAGCGCGCGAAACGCUUGACAACGGGUCCUCUAGCCGGUGCUCGAGGCAUCGGCGGCUAUCAACGGAUUUUCUUUAAUAAGGAGAGCGGGGAGACGGUUACGGUUAUUUGGAUGGGUGGUGCGCUGGCGGGGUGGCCGGGCGUUACGCAUGGGGGUGUGAUAGCGACGGUUAUGGAUGAGAGUCUAGGAAGGUGCGCGAUUAGACGGUUUAAAGAGAAGACGGGCGUUACGGCGAAUUUGGAGCUGGAUUAUCUGAAGCCGGUGGUUACGAAUUCGUUUUAUGUGGUGAGGGCUACCCCGAGGGUCGAGGGCGAGGCGGAGAGGAAGUGUUGGGUUACGGCGCGGUUGGAGACGUUGGAGGGGAGGGUUUGUGUGGAGGCUAAGGCGCUGUUUGUGGUUCCUAAGAGGUAUAGGACGAGGGAGAUUGGGGGGCAGUUUUGAGAUGGGAGAUGGAGGGAGGGAGGUUGUAUGAUAUGGUUGGGGUGGGGUCAAGUGAUGCCGUCUUUGUGAGUGAUGGGAGAUCAAACACUUUUAGAGGUCUUGUUGGGUUGCUUGCUGCUUGAACUUGGUUUGUGUUCUAUACCACUUCUGGUUUUUCCUUGAUUGUAUGUAUACAGAGCCAAGUGCUGCCGUCUUUACUACGUGAUGGAUGAUCAGACAUUCAUGAGAGUGUCUCGUAGAGUUGCU